AUGCAUACAAUUGAACAUUUAAAACGACUUAUUUUUAUUCUUAUUUUAUUUAUUAUUCAAAUAAAUAUGAUAUUAACUGAUAAUCAAGAAGAUAAUAAUCGUUUGGAAACAAUCUAUCGAUUAGAAAAUAGUCAUGUUAGUUUAACAUGUGAUUUAACGGAUGUUGCUUGGUGGAAACGACCAAAUAUAUUGGCAACAAGAUAUGGUAUUAUUUUACCAAAAUAUCGUUCAAAAAUGAUCUUAGAUAAACUUGAUGAUGGAACUACAACAAGUGGAAUACAAUUACAUGUAUUAAAUAUUCGACAUCUUCAAUCAGACGAUUCAGGAAUUUAUGAAUGUGAAACAUUAGGAGCUAUUCGACAAUUUAAUUUAACUGUAACAGUUCGUCUUACGACUGUUGAACUUGGUGCUCAACUGUUAUCAUCAUACGAUUCAACAAUAAGUCAUACAUCAAAUCAAACCGAUAAGAAUCUUUUACAUCAAUCAUCAUCAGCAACUCAUAUUCCUUUUAAUACAUUAUCAUCAAAUAGUGAGCAUAUACGUUUACGUGAAAAUCAAUUAAUACGCCUUACAUGUGUUGUAACACGUGCUUUGCCAGCUGCUUAUAUUCAUUUUCCAUUUGAUAUUGAAUACCGUGUCGAAAAAAAUUCUACGACAUUAAACGACGAUAAAACUUAUCGAACAAUAGUUAUUUUAAUUCUUCGUAUUAAUCGUCAUUUUCAUAAACGUAUAUUUCAUUGUGAAGCUAUUCAAUCAGAAACGAUCAAUGAUGAAAAACAGCAACAACAACAAAAUCGAAUACUUUCAAAAAAGCUUCAUAUUGAUGUGCUUUAUGGUCCAACAUGUUCUCAUAAAAUUCAAUAUGCACCACAGUUUUUUACUGGUAUUCAUCGUUCAAUAAAUUUAACUUGUUUUAUGAAUGAUGCUAAUCCAUCAAAAUUAAAUUUUACUUGGCUUUUACCAAAUGGUCAUACACAUUUAGGUUAUUAUAUAAAUACAACUUCAAGUUAUUUAACAAUUUUACCAAAACAUAGUGAAGAUUUUGGACAAGUUAUUUGUCGAGCACAAAACGAAUUAGGUUUAUUUGGUGAAUGUCAUAUUAAUAUGAUCAUGGGCGGUAUACCUGAUCCAAUUGAAUCAUGUCAUUAUACAUAUGUUAAUGCAACAUUAACAGUUAGUUGUGUAGCUGGAUUUCAUCAAGGUGAUGAAGAUUUUUUUUGUUAUAUGUCUAAACGACAAGAUAAUGGUAGUUUUUCUGAACAUGCACGAUUAAAAGGUAAUUGUGCAUUUAUUCUUCCUGAUCUUAAACCUGAACGACAUCAUGAUUUUCGUGUAUAUACAAAAAAUAAAUUUGGUGAUAAUUUCGAUAGAAGUUAUUCAAUUACAGUUGGAAAACCAAAAGCUGAAUCUCUUGCAGAAAAAACUCGAAUUUAUUUACCAUACAUGGCAAUAUGUGUCAUAGGUGCAUGCCUUAUUUCAUUAUUAAUUAUAUGUUGUUGUUGUCAUCAAAUACGUCGAUAUAUGUAUAAACGAAAAAUCAAAGGCAAUUUUGACAGUCUUACUUAUCAAAAUCAUAAUUCACAUUCAUAUGCAAAUUCUAAUGGCAAACAGUCUUUAGUACAUUUUAAACAGAAUGGCAAUGGAACAGCAUAUCCUGUCCGUCCUCAUCGUUCAAAAGAUUAUUUAAUAGGUACUGAUUCAUCAGCAUCAAAUCGUACUAAUCCUCCAUUACGAAGUAUAUAUUCAACAGAAGAUGAAUUAAUAUCAUCCAGAAGAAAUACAUUAAAAGAAACUGAUCUUGAUCAAUUACUUAGUUCAAGUAAUACGACAGGAUCAUCUGCAACAGCAACAAUUAAAUCUUUACCAUUAACUCGUAAUCGUCCAUUAUUUGCUGCAUUUAAUCCUCAACAACAACAAGAUGAAUCAAAUCCAUAUCCAUUAACAAUACAACGUCGUUCAAGUUUUCAAGCAGCAACAAAAUUAAAUAGUUUUGAUUUUUAUAAAUCUCAAGAACCAUUCUAUUUAAUUGAUAGACAAUCAAUGAAAAUGACUCAACGUAAUAAUUAUUCACCUGAACGUGAUUUACGUGAACGCGAACAUUAUCGUGAAAAACGUCGUGAAUAUUCUCCGAAUUCAAAAGAUGAAAAUUUAAUUGAUAUUAAUAGACAAAAUUUACUUGAUACAACACGUAGUCGAGAAAAUAGUUUUAUUGUUGAAAAUCGUAUGUUAACGAAAACAACAACAACAAUACCAAAAAUAACAGAAGAUCGUUUAAGUUUAAAUAGCUCAAGUAAUGAUCAACAAUGGCGUGAAAUGAAUGUUGUCGAUGAAAUUGAUUAUCAUGAUCGUUAUAGUGAUACAAAUGAUAAUGAACGACAAGAUUUAAAAGAAACAAGUGAAGAUAAUAAUCGUUUUCAUAUAAAUGAUGAUUAUCGAGAUCGACAAAGUUUAGAUCAAAUAUCAAUUGAUUAUCAACGUCAUGAUGAUGCAACAUUUGUUAAUUAUGAUCGCGAUAAUGAUCGAUAUCGUGAUGAUGGUAUUUUUGUGUGA